UAAUCUAAGUAGCAGUUGCGAGGCUUGUCAUUCUGUCCCUCGGAAAUCGUAAUGAUGAGAAACUACGUAACGCUUGUUUUUAUUUUUUUUUGGUGACGUUUCGAUGAACUUUUUAUAAGAUUGACUAAAUAUGCCUUUCGAGGCGAAGCGUUGCGGAGUGUGCUUCAGCCCACCUUCCAUAGUUUUGAUAUAUGAAGUCACGGAGACCAACAAAUUGAGAAAACGAGUCAUUCCCGUGCAAAACUUCUCGGCACGUACUUCCGACUACAAACUGGCUGCGGAAAGGCUGAAGAACCACCCACGGCACAAGGACUACCUGCAAGGGGUCUCCCAGAGUCAGCUAGAGAGGCUGCACGUCAUCCUGCGGGACUACCUUCAGGGCUUCACUUUACAGCACAGCUUGGCCUCGCUGGAGUUUGACCCCAACGAAGACCUCAACAAGCUGGACGACGACAACCUGGCUCGCAAAAAGAGCCACAUGGACAAACUUUUUGAGAAGAAUCAGACACGCAGAGAGGACCCUGGCUUUGUUUAUGACUUAGAGGUGGACUUUGACAAGAUAGCAGAUGAAAAAUGCAGCUGGGAUGAGGACUCUGAUGAUGGUUUUUAAAGUUUAAACUAUUCAUUCAUUCAUUUUCCAUGACGCUUUUUCCUCACGAGGGUCAUGGAGGUGCUGGAGCCGAUCCCAGCUAACUACGGGCAGUAGGCAGGGGACCCUGAACUGGUUGCCAGCCAAUCGCAGGGCACAAGAGACAUACAACCAUUCACGCACACACUCAUACCUACGGACAAUUUAGAGCACCGGUGUCAAACCGAUUCCAGAAAGGGCCAAGUGGGUGCUGGAUUUUGUUCCAACUGAUAACGCGCAGAGAGUUUAACCAAUGAACUUCCUGCUGAAACAAGCAGCACCUGACAAAGUUUAACUGAUUACACUUGCCACGUUUACAUGGAGCCAAAUAUUCCAAUUACAAUCGGAAUAUUUGUUCAAACCGAAUAAAUGUGUUCCAUAUAAACACCUCAUUCGGAAUGAACAGGCCCAAACCGAAUGGAAUUUCAUUCCGAUUCACAGGGGUGGAAUAUUCCUUUUCCCAAACCGAUUAGAAGUAAAAUUAUAUCAUGAAAACAGGGAAGCGGAAUGGUGUCUGGUUGCGUUCUUUCUGCGCAUGCUCCGCACUGACGUGGUGACGUCACUCGGUGACGUAAGUAACGUCACUUGCAACAUGGCUUCCAAGCACACGCACAGCGCACCCACACAACUUUUUAAAUGAACGGCGUAUCAUUCUGAAGUUUUGUUUCCACUCGAAAAGUUAAAACAGCAGCUGAUCUGACGAUCGAUCUCCAUGUUUUGCAACGUGAUGCUUUGUUUUGAUUAAUCUGCGCAUGUCAGAGGGCAGUUGUCAAACGUCCUUUCGGAAUAAAGGCAGUCACAUGUAAAAGCUGGAUCGGAAUAGAUGAAGUGACAUGUAAACAGCUGAUGUGAAAUUUCCAUUCGGAAUGAUUUGAAUCGGUAUGAAUAAAAGUCAGCAUGUAAACGUGGCUAGUGAUUAAAAGAUCUAAUUGGUGAAAAGGUGUCCUCUUCAUUGGUUGGAAAGCAAACCUGCACCCACUUGGGCCUUUCUGGAAUCGGUUUGACACCUGUGAUUUAGAGUGUUCAAUCAGCCUACCAUGCAUGUUUUUGGGAGGGAAGGCCGAAGCCUUGAUCUCAGAACUGUGAGGCAGACGUGCUAACCACUCAGCCACCGUGCCGCUAAGUUUAAACUAGUAAAGAAUUCAUUUGAUAGACUAUUCACCAAUUAUUUAAGUCGACCAAUCAGUGACUAAUGUAUAAAUCACAUCCACUGUUAAAAUACUUUGAUGCUUAUACAUUUCAGAUGGGAAAAUGUGUAUUGGAACAGGAAAAUGCACUGAGAAAAGUGGACUAUGAAUUACAACAUUUUUAGCUCCCUAUACAGAUUCCGACCCACGAUUGUGUGGUAUUGGGUGAUGCGAUACGUUACAAAGUUUUUCUGUAUUUAAAAAAACAACAAAAAACUGAAUUUCUGUAUGCUGACUUGAAUGUAAAAUAAUUGCUAUCAUGGAUUAGACUGCUUAACUCAUUGUCUGCCAUUGAUAGCGCUAGACGACCAUUUCAUUUUAAGUGGAAGGGCUGGCAGCGAAUGAAUGUCCGUUCAUUUGCUGCCACCCCUCCCGCUUCAAAUGGAUUGGACAUAUACUUGCGUUAAAUAAACUCAUUUAAUCCACGGUACCGAUACCAUUAAGAAAAAUAUGAGUACAAUGUAUUUACUAUUUAAAAGCAUCAUUUGUACAAUUUUAGGGCAACAUAGUUAAUUAAUAGAAUAAUCAUUCAUGGUAAAAUAUAAAACUUCAAAAAGGUGUGCUAAUUUUAAGAUUUUGAGGAAGCACAACUAAAGUUUUUGUCGGUAAGUUUUUUUUUAGCAUUCGUAACUCAUCAAUUUUACACCAUUAACCUGAUAAAUGACCUGACUAACUUAAAUUAUCACGUUUUGGAAUAGGGAUGUCCCGUUCUGAUCACGUGAUCGGCAAUCUGGCCAAUCGCAUCAUUUUUUAGAGGAUCGGAAUCGGAGGAAAAGGAUUGUGUUUUCAAUUAAAAAUAUAGUUAUUUUUCUGCUUCAUGCUCGUACAGCGCCAUAGCCUCUCACCCUCCCUCCUGCUAAGCAGGGCGGUCAAACUGUCCAGCUUGCGUUUGGUGCAAAGUUAACGAUGAUUGACAGGUUUGUAGCUUUGAUCUUGCCAGAGAAGCUUGGUAGCUUUACGAUCAAUGGCACAAAUCUAUCAUUGUUAAACUUGUUUAACUGUGCUGUGGCAACUCAUUGUGUAAGUAAGAGGCUGUUCUCUGCAACAUAAGCGCCAAAGCUUGAGCUGAUUCAAAUUAAGCAUUUAAUAGAGACAAGCAUUUUUCUACGUCAUUGUUUUAAAAUAAUUCACAUUAUGUAGGCGGCACGGUAACGUAUUUUGAACUUUUUUUUUUUUUUUUUUUUUAAACCUUUUUUAUUAUAUCGAAUCGGAACUCAGUAUCAGCAGAUUCUCAAAAUCAGGUGACUCGGGUGCAUCCCUAUUUUGGAGCAAAACGUACGUUUCUGAUGAGACAACUUGAAAUGUUAAAUUGUCUGAACUUGAAAUUUAAGUUGUGUGAACUUGGCCCUAGCUUCACUCUGGAUUCAGGGAAUCCAAAUCUUUUUUUAAAUAAAACUUUCCAAAAAGAAAGCAAACUUCAGAAUAAUAGAGGAUCUUUAUUUGAUAUACAAAAUAUUGACAAUACAAAAAACAUUGCCUUUGGCGCUUUAUCUGUGGCUUACAUGACUCACGUUCAGUCAAUCAAGAUAGAAGCUUAAAACCAAUUGUUAGUGGGGAAACCCCCCCUUUAAAAAAUGAGAAAACUAUUAAUGGAUGUAUUUUUCCAUACAAUUUCCGGUUUGAUAUAAGAUUUAAUAGAAAUCUUCGUCAAACCUCAAAAAAGGGGAACAAUCGUAAAAGUGCUUUUUAUAUUCACUGACCACCAGUACCAAAAUACAUUCAACAAGGUCACAUUUUCAUUCAUGUAACGACGACCAACGUCACGUUUUUGUUUGGUUUGAGCUGAUCUGAUCUUGUUUCAACGUCAGUGCUGGAGGUAGUAGAUAAAACAAAAUAUCAGACACUCUUUUCAGUUCUCCGCCACUAAUGUCAGUGAGGAAAUAAGCUUAAUUUCUCAGCAGGCUUUUAUAAAAAUAACUCUUAAUUUUCAAGUAGUCUAAAGCAUGUUACAAGCAACGUUAACAUAACUUUUCCUGCAAAAUUGCUGUAUUAGAAUAUUCACCAAUGUUGGCCUUUUAGACAGAGCUUGGCAAAAAAUGGGGCUUUGUCGCAAGUGCUUUUAAGACACAAGAACCUGAGUUUAACUUCAGACUUGUGGUGAAGCAUUGGGGCCUUUUGCUGUGGCCUUUAUACUACCCUAAAACUGGGAAAACGCCAACUUAUGUUACAAAAAAAAAAAAAAAAAAAACUGCACAAAUUGCAAAUGAAUUUGAAAGCUACUCAAUGUGGAUAAGUAAAGCUAUUAAGGGUGUAACCGAACAUGAAUGUUUAUGUAAAAAAAACAACAAAAACAUUCAGUAUGGGGUGAUUUAACUGCAUCAACCAAACUACUGAUGUUAUAUUUUCUAAACUAUAGGACAAAAUAACAAUGCUGCGCUUUUUUCUAAAAGCGGGACAAUUUAGUGAUAUGUUGCAUGUCCUGAAAGGAAGACAAUCUUUUUUGAACUUUCUCGAAAAGAUGACAGUGACGUUAGACUUUCCUAAAGAGAUAAAACUUUGCAUGGGCACUCUCUUAGAAUAGACACAACCUGCUGAAAUGACACCGUCCCCUUUCCCUCAAAAAAAAAAAAAAAAAAAUUUUGGAAUUUCACAAAAAUUGACAAUUAACUGCAGAACUGACACUUUACAAAAAAAGACAAAUAAUUUUGGAGAUUCUCAAAAAAGAUGACGAACGUGAAGUUCAGUUGUCCUUUGAAGGUAAAAUUAUGAGGUUGAACUCGUCUAAAAAGAAAAACUGCUGAAUUUACAUGUUCCUUAAAGAAGACAAACCUGUUGGUUUUGGACAUUCCCAAAAAGACGAAAAUUGUGACGUUGUGUUUUCCCAUAAAGAAACAAUUCGGAGGUUGCGCUCCCCUGUAAAGAAAAACUGCUCAAGAUAUAUAUUCAAAAAAAAAAAGAAAAGAUUGGUUUUUGAUUUUCCCUAUAAGACAAACUUGACAUUAGUUUUCCUAAAAAGACUAAAAUGAGAGGUUGCACUCCUAAAACCUAAACAAACUUACACGUUCCAAAAAAGACUAACUGAUUUUGGAGCUUCCCAAAAUGAUGACAAAAAUGACGUUAGGGGACUUUUCCAAAAUUACAUACGGUGUUAAAUUUGCCUAAAAAGAAAGCAAAGUCCUGAACUUACUUUCCCAAAAGAAAAAACUUUUGCAAAAAUACUACUUUUAUAGACCUUUUCUAACAAAAAAGGGAGAUACUGGCAUUGUGCUGUUUCUAAAAAGAAACCAGUUGUUGUACUUCCUUAAAAGGAAGACAAAAUUAAAUGGUUUUUCCAAUAAAAAUAAUAAAAUUGGUGGUUUCACGAAAACAAUUGAUGUUGCAAUUUCCUGAAAAUGUAAACUGCCCAUUUUGCACUUUUCCACAAAUAACUACUAACUACUGUUGCUGCCAUUUCAGAAAAAGACAAAGUACCACUACAGUAUUGGACAUUUUCCGAGUAAGGAGAAAAUUAUGUUGCACUUGCCUACGAUGCUAGAUUUUAAACUAUUGAUUCAUUAUUAUGUUUUUUUUUUAAUGAAUUUAUUGGCAAACUAACAAAUUGCCAUUUUUCUUAAAAAUGUUAACUUAGAUUUUUUUCUGUACUGUUACACCCUUAGUAGUGACGCUUCAAAAUCAACAAUCUGCCUUUUGAAGAAAGCUUGCAUGAAAAGGAGCUAAAAUAUAUUUCUGUACAUAAUCACUCUACCGCGAUAUAAUAUACGUAUUUCGUCUCAUUUUUUCUUCUUGUCUUGAGUGCAUCGUGGACAAAACCUGAGAGGGAAAUGAUGGUUUUAGUUUUAAACAAAUGAAGAGAAUACCAUCAGCGCUUCCUCACCAUUUUCCUUUGGGUUUUGUGGCGAGGUCGACGCAGGCGAAGUGAAACCACUCGAUGGGACACUAGUGACAAGCAAAAGAUUUAUGUAUGAUGUAUAUGACCCUAAAAUGUUGCAAAUUGGCCAGCGAGGGCUUACGUCGGGAUUGUCGCAGCCAAUCAUCUCCCCGUACGACACCUGGUGACACAAGCAGUAGGUGGGCUCAUUGGGGUCCACCGGCAUGUCCAGCACGUCCGAUGGCUGCAUGGGCAGGAGGGCAUCGCUCAAGUCUGGGCUGCAUCAUCACAAGAGAAUCAACAAAUUAAGUUGAGUUUGCUGCCAAUAGAUAGCUACAUUUUUUUCUUCUUUUUUUAAAACAGACCUGCUUUUCAUCUUUUUCUUUUUAGGAGAAUCCUCAUCUGAGCCUUUUCUUCCUCGUCCCCUAGAGCCACGCUUCUCACGGGGGCCUCGGGACUCUGCUUCUGUUGGCAAAAAAAAUAAAAGAAAGAAAGAAACAUCAAAAAGAAACAUUCGUGUUAACUUAUCCACAAUGGCAGCCAAUGCGUUAACCAUUUCAUGUACUAUUUAUGACUUUAUCUUUUUACAGGGGACUCCAUUUUGACUGGGAGAGGCAAAUGAACAUUGGUUGAAGGCAUUGAAAGAUAAGCGUUCAGUCAGUCCUCCCACUUUAAACGAAUUGGAGAGCCUAUCACCGUUAAUAGCAUCCAAUGAGUUAAAUACGAUGAAAAAAAGUGACUUUCGAUUGUUACU